GUUAGCAGCAACUAACGAAGAAGAAGCAGCCGAACAUCCGUAGAGCUUUUAGUUUUUAUUUUGUUUGUUUUUACAAUAACGAGUUUAUUUACAAAGAAUGCAGUGAGAAGUAAGUCGUAACAGGACACAGACUACAUCACGUGUAUGUACAGUAACAGGUGUAACCUACCGCAGGCACUGCUUUGUUAGUUGCUGUAGUGAAAGUAGCCGCCAGUCCGUUGCUCGUUGCUCCGGGAUGUGUUUCAGUUUUUCUUCUGGAGCAGCUCAACUGAACUAAUUUGGGCUUCAUCCAGCUCACAGGGACACGAGUUGCGUCUCUCCGCCCCGAGCACGAUGGCUACGCAGAGGGUGCUUCCUCAAAGCAAAGAGACUCUGCUGCAGAAUUACAACAAGAGGCUGAAAGAUGACAUCAAAUCCAUCUUGGACAACUUCACAGAAAUAAUUAAAACAGCGAAGAUAGAGGACGAGACACAGGUUUCACGAGCAACCCAAGCAGAACAGGACCAUUAUGAAAUGCACGUCAGAGCCGCCAACAUUGUGCGUGCUGGCGAGUCUCUGAUGAAGCUGGUGUCCGAUCUGAAGCAGUUCCUGAUUCUGAACGACUUCCCCUCUGUGAACGAUGCCAUCAGCCUCCAGAACCAGCAUCUCCGCUCGCUGCAGGACGAGUGUGACAAGAAGCUGACCUCGCUCCGUGAUGAGAUCGCCAUCGACCUGUAUGAGCUAGAGGAAGAAUAUUACUCCUCCAGGUACAAGUAGGCUCAUACUUGCCACCCAUCCCACCGGCCCUCUGUUAUCCCAUGCCCAGCACCAUUGUGUUGCCAUUUACCAUUUGCUGCUCAGCCAGUGGAAGACUGAGUUUAUCUGACCAUCAUAUCCCAAUAUUAGUAUCGCUUAUCAACACAAAUCAUUGCUGAGGAUCAUUAAGGUGGAGUUACUCACACUCUGACUUUAUCGAUUUUCUUCCCCUGUGGAAUGUGUUAUAAUUUGUAUACUGGAUUAAAUGGGUAAGCUAUUAAUGUAUUUAGUGUAAAUGUAUCCAGCUAAAUUGGAUACAGUGAUAGUUUGGAGAAUUUGGUGCAGUUUGUAGGUAUGUAACAUCCAAGCGGUGUGAGAGGUUCAAGCAAAUAUUGCUAAUUUCAUGGGGGAAAUGGAUGGUUACUUCAGUUACAAAUAUUUUAAAUUGAAGUAACAAAUGCUUUAUAGAGAGAGAGAAAGCACACCUUUUAAGAAUGUUCCAAACUGCAGCUGGAUCAGAGUUUUUAUAAUGCAUCCAUCAUCUAUAUGCUAGGUUUAAAUGAUGGAAUGUUCAUGGAUGUUUUUAUAGCCAUGACUGUCUGAUGUUAUUUAUGAGGUUAAAAAUCAGUCAUUUAAGAACUUUCCGAGGAGACGUUAUCAUUAAACGUAUAUGAUGACAUAACCUUUUACAGAGUCCGUCCUCAAGAUCACAAUCUGUAAACAUACAGUUUAUCUACAAAGUGUUACACAUGGUGUGGUUGCACAUGUGCAUCAGCUUUAGGAAAGACCCCGAGUUAUAUAUAAAAAUAAAGUAGAGGUAAAAAAAAUGU